CAAGUAACCGUAGUAGACAGGUGCAUUAGACCGUUCUGCGGGAAGGCUCACAUUUAACCGCUGAUGUCGCUGUCGCCACCUUUCGGUGCGGGGUACCUGGCCUAGGCUUCCACUAAGUGAUCUCUGAGGCUCAUCAGAGUUCUAGCCAGCUGGUAACCAUGAGUGAAUGGACGAAGAAAAGCCCCUUAGAAUGGGAAGACUACGUCUAUAAAGAAGUCAGAGUGAUAGCCAGUGAGAAGAAGGAGUAUAAAGGAUGGCUUUUAACCACAGACCCAGUCUCUGCCAACAUUGUCCUUGUGAACUUCCUUGAAGAUGGCAGCUUGUCUGUGACUGGGAUUAUGGGACACUCUGUGCAGACGGUGGAAACGGUGAGUGAAGCAGACCCCAGGGUAAGGGAGCAGCUGGCACAUCUGUUCACAUCUGCAGAUUGUAAAGGGUACAGCCCCGAGGAUCUGGAAAAGAGAAAGAACAGCCUAAAGAAGUGGCUGGAGAAGAACCACAUCCCGGUCACCGAACAGGGAGAUGCACAAAGGACUCUCUGUGUGGCUGGGGUCCUGACGAUUGACCCACCAUAUGCUCCUGAAAACUGCAGCAGCUCCAAUGAGAUCAUUCUGUCCCGCAUUCAGGAUCUUAUUCAAGGCCAUCUUUCAGCUUCCCAGUGAGAGGCCGGGCACUGUGAACGCACUGAUCCAAAUGACUUGACUGUUCGGUUUUGUGUUAAAUGCUUCGAAUGUAAGUUGAUUGUAUUAUAGGAGUUCAAAAGCACACGUGGGAUGCAUGUGUGUGUGCAUAUGUUAAGUUUUUGUGCUGACUUUCCUGGGAAGGGAAGGGUACAUGGGUAGCGUCCCAUGCUCUGAAAUUAACACAGGAAGUAAUACUUGUAAGGAGCUUGUCUGUGAUGAGGGUAAGCCGUUCUUUUUGUGAAGCAAGGAUACAUUUUGAAUGGGUGUAGCAGUGUGAAAUGAUUUAUAAAUUUCAAUAUAAGAUAUUACGGUAAAA